UCUAUAUAGACUUACCAAACGUAACCAAAGCGCAUGCCUCAGCUAUAUCUAUAAAUACCUAAGCACAUAUGCUCUUCCUCUCAUGCCAGUCUUUUGAAGGACAAGAAGCGUACAUUAAAGCUUUUGCUAAUUGCACCAUUUCAACACUAAGUUGUUCUCUCACCUCCCAAAAUGUCUCACCAAAUUUCCAUGGCUACUACUCAAACCCAAAAUCCAGAUGCUAAUGUAUAUCGUCUCUUAGCAAAUUAUCGACCAAGCUUAUGGGGAGACCAUUUCCUCUCUUAUUCUAAUAAAUCCGAGGAAACCAUUGAUGACUUGGAGCAAGUUCAACGGUUGAAGGAAGAAGUGCAAAGAAUGUUGAUGGCUCCUAUCGAUAAUCUUCUAGAAAAGUUGGAGUUGAUUGAUGCAAUCCAACGCUUAGGAGUGUCUUACCAUUUUGAAGGUGAGAUUGAUGAAGUAUUACAACAAAUUCACAGGAAACAUCAUACGUGUGAUGUCCAAGAAAGUGAUGAUGCUCUUUACACCGUUGCACUUCAUUUUCGAUUACUUAGACAACAAGGUUAUAACAUUCUAAGUGUAGAUAUCUCCAACAAAUUCAAAGACAAUAUGGGAAACUUCAAGGAAUCACUUACUAACGAUGUGAAAGGAAUGUUAAGCUUUUAUGAAGCUACACAUAUGAGGGUGCAUGGAGAAGAUAUACUUGAUGAAGCACUUAAGUUUACUACCACUCACCUGGAAUCAAUGGCAAUUAAUUUGAGCCCUCCUCUCGCCACACAAGUAAGCCAUGCUUUAAAUCGACCUAUUCAAAAGUGCUUGCCAAGGGUAGAGGCUAGGCAGUACUUUUCUAUCUACCAAGAAAAUGCUUCACAUAAUGAAGUUCUACUAAACUUUGCAAAAUUGGAUUUUAACAUGUUGCAAAAACAACACCAGAAGGAACUUAGCCAUAUCUCAAGGUGGUGGAAAGAUAUAGAUGUUGCGACAAACCUAUCUUUUGCAUGAGAUAGGGUGGUGGAGUUAUACUUCUGGAUUUUGGGAGUGUACUUUGAACCCCAAUACUCUCUUGCUCGGAGGAUACUUACCAAAACAAUUUGCAUGGCAUCAAUCAUAGAUGACAUUUAUGAUGUAUAUGGCACACAUGAAGAACUCGAACUCUUCACAGACGCAAUUAAAGAGCAUCAUCAAUUUCUUGGACAUCACGCGUAUGAUGUUUCCUGUGACUUUGUUGUAAUACUUCAUCAAUCUCACCUUCAAAAUGGUAAGACACUCCUAAGCGUUGGAUUGCAUCAAUCAACUCCAACUUUUCUAGAAGAUUAUCGAUGGGAGCCAUCAACAUUCUUUGCACUUCUUCCUUCAACCGUUGAACUUGCUCCAAGUCAUCAAUGGUUUCCUAAAAUUGGAAAUCGAAAUAAAAAAUUAGCAUGUUACCACUGUUUAUAAGCAUCAUUUGUCAUUUAAAGAUGAUACGAACAUGACAUUUGAAUAUUGGCUAUGAAAUGAAUCACAAUUUAUAUUAGAAUAUUAAUUUUAUUAUGUAGCCUAACAUGUCAGGUGGAAGACAUAUAUACCUCGGAUUUAUUAGAAUAAGAGAGGAAAUUGUCUCCCCAUAAGCUUGGUCGAUAAUUUGCUAAGCGACGAUAUACAUUAGCAUCUGGAUUUUGGGUUUGAGUAGUAGCCAUGGAAAUUUGGUGAGACAUUUUGGGAGGUGAGAGAACAACUUAGUGUUGAAAUGGUGCAAUUAGCAAAAGCUUUAAUG